AUGGCUACGUUGGAGCGGUCGUCCAGGUCUUUCGCCUUCCCUCCGGGUGUGGCUUCGACAGAGGAAUGGCCUUAUCAUUUGCUUUCCGUCUCCUCUGUAGAGUUCACGGACAGAGUAAGAGGGGGGAAAAUAUCAGAUGAUGAUGUCCCCAUGAAAUCUUAG